AUGGACAGCGUCAAUGUCUCUGAAUUGGUCGCCCGCCUCGGCGCGGAGGAGGAGUCGGUGCGCAAAAUGGCCGUCUUCAAACUCCAGAAUGCCAUCGGCGACCCUUCAUUCGCUGAUGUCUUCAUCUACGAAGGGGGCCUGCCUAAGCUGCGCUUUCUGGCCCUGCACUCGACCGGAAACACACUGGCCUAUUGUCUCACCUCUCUGGCCCGCCUGCUCGAGCUGGACAAAGGAUGGGACCAUGUCACGGAUGAUUUGAUUGCAAGAAUAGUCGACCUCGUCGUCGCACAACCACUUGUCAACGUCAAUCGAGGCGCCAUGUCAGUCCUUGCCGUAAUCGUUGGCCAUCCCUCGCACCGAAGCUCCCACUCAGGCACUACAGGCCUCCAGCGCCUCAAGCCAGCCGUCGACGCCCAGCCCCAGUUCCUAUCCUCCUUGGUUGACAAAAUUACGUCGGCCGACCAUGCGCUCUGUGCAAACUCUCUCCAGCUUAUCAAUGCGUUGAUGCGUGACGCCAUUGCAAACGAUGCCGCCUUUGAAUGGCCCAAGUUCAUAAAGCAGCUCCAGGAGCUGGGCGUGAUCAAGAGCGUAUAUGGGCUCAUGCAGAGUACCGCAAUACAAGACCUGGCUCACCCAUUAUUGGACUUUCAGACAUUGACCAAGACGUUGCUGAGGAAUUGGAGGGAAGAAAAAGUGGAUCUGGAAAUUUCCGACCAUCGAAGGGCUAUUCGGGGCCUUCACACUGCGAGUCAACCAGACAGGUCAUCGUCAGAUCCAAAAGGCAGCAAGAAGCACCAUCCGGAAAAAUGGAGCCGGCUGGGUUUCGAGACAGAGUCGCCGGCGUGGGAGUUCAAUGGGACUGGAUUCUUGGGGCUUAUGGACAUUACAGACUUUGUUUAUAAAAACGAAGAUGGCUUUCAGAAGCUUUUAUUGGAGCAGUCGGCCGAGCCGGCCGAGCAACGGUGUCCGAUUGCUCGGGCAAGUCUUUCGGUCACGCAAACACUAUAUGAGCAUUUUGAAGUGGAUAAAUUGGAUGACGUUGAGUCUAUCCGCCAUACCGACUCGCGGGCCAACUUUGACCGAGCAUUCAAACCUUUGUUGCUGCAUUGGUCUAGGUUACACACGAGUGGUCUGAAUGCCUUCAUCCGAUUAUGGAAAGCAGCAGGCGCGCAGAUUGAAGACUUUGAAAAGAUUGAGGAGCUGAUUCGCAUCUUGAUUGAGCAGGUGGUGGGACAAGCACCACGAACGAAAGAUGUCAAGGAGGUUGAAGAGGAGCUGGCAGAGUUUGAGCUCAAACGGCUGCGAGAAUUGCAGAUGGAGGUGCUUGAACUGACGUAUGAAGAUGCAUGGGGCCAUCACCUGCGCCAAGUUCGCGACGAGCUCAAUCACGAGGCGCUGCAGUUUGUCAAAGAGCAACGUAUAAGAUGCUUGCUUCAGGGUGCAUGGUUCCCAAUGGGAGCAGACUUUGGCACAAACACCGGCCCGGUAGCUGGCAACCGUGCAGUGCCUUCGUCGUGGCGCUUUGUUCGACUGUCACACAACCGGCGAUACCUGCACUACGCUGACUUUAACGAAAAGACGGCGACAGAGCCGAAAUUAGAUGCGCUGCAGGAAAAGAUCGAUUUGUCCAUUGUCUCAUCGGUUGUGAGCAAUGUCUCGGCUUCGGCCCCGUCGACGGCAUCGUCUGGCAGUACGGUGAGGACGCUGCCAGGCCAUGAGCGGGCGUCGACGUCGACCAAAAUCACAAUCCACGGGUACAUGGCUCUAUCCAAUCAUGCGCGGCAGACGUCGAGUGGGUCAGGUGCAGGACGCAAAGAAAGUGUGCUGUUGCAUCUGCACCCUCAAAGCCAUACCCUUGCUUCCGAGUGGCUUGAUGGGCUGCUGAUGCUUCUCAACCAACAGCCGAUUACGGCGAAUACCAAUAAGCUUGUGACAUUUAUCGGGGGGUAUGGGCUCAAGAUCCGGCUGCUCAACGUACGGUACGAGGAUGUAGGGUUAGAGGAACCAGUGCUGCCCAGCCGCGAAGGGCUGGAUGACGAGUACUAUUAUGACAUUGCAGGAGCUUGA